CAGUUGUUGCCACUGAAAUUAUAUGAACUUAUUUUGAGAUGAAAAAGAUCAACAGGGAGUCUUAAAGGAUGAGUUGAUGUGCCACUUUUGGAAACAGUAGAUCAGUUUUUUUCCGCUUCCUUAGAUUUCGACACUUAACACUUUCUGUCCGGCUUUUGUUCGUAAUUUAGAGUUUUGCGAACGCUCUUGGAAUGAUAUAUUUCUGAGCUCCGUCUCUGUUUAGUGGUUUAAUUCAUCUUGUUGCACCCAGGAUUUUAAAGAUGACGUAUCUGAAUUUUGCAAUCUGGAUCUAUGCUCUAUUGCUGUGGAACGUAGUAUAUUCAGAUGAUGCAUUGAAGAACCAUCGGCUAGAAAAAAGGCAAGAUGACAGCUUUUUAUUCUUUGGUGGAUGGCGGCCAGUGAGGUCAGGUGCUUCCUAUUACCAUGGCUCCCCAACUGGACGAUACCACGACAUCCUGUCGGCACUACCUACCAGCUUCGAUGCUACUUCUCGAUAUUACUCACACGCUUUGCCAUCGACGUAUCAUAAAGAUAUUUAUAGCUACUAUCCGAGACCAGCGAUUAAAACAACACCUAAGAAAAACAUACCAGUCUAUAUGGAAAGAUUGAGACCUCAAAAACCGAAGCAACAGCAAAAUUAUGGAGGAGGAGGAGGGUCAGGAGGUUAUGGGCCUCAAAUUAUAGAUUUACCACAAAUUGAUUUGAAGCAAAUACAGAACCUUCACGAUCUUAUACAACGCGCUAAAGAUAUUCCUAUUCCAAAUCUAAAUAUACCAUUUGAAAGUGGCAAACCUGUGGAGUUGGUGGAGUUAUCUGUUCACCCCUUUUCUCAAGGUGGUCAGUCCUAUGGUGGAAAAAGUUCUCAAGGUUACAGCAGGCAUAGGAAUUCACAGAAUAGGGGAAGAAAAUCUAAUUAUGGACGAAUUCCUCAAAGCCGUAUUCCAUAUCAGCCAUCUCUUCAUUACGAGUUGAUUUCUCUUCCUAAAAGUAGCCCGAUAAUUCCACAAAUAAUUCCUAAAGAAAUUUCUGUAGGUCAAAUAGCUCCUAUUCUACCUUCUGUUGGGGAUGUUUUAAAUUUGAAAAACAUACAAGUUGUUGAAGUUCCUGUGCCAUCAGGCUUAUACGGUGGUAAAAAUAGCCACUCAACUCCGUAUAGAGCAGCUAGUCUACCUCAACCUGUGCAAUAUGCAAGUUCACCGAAAAAUGUUGAAAUUGGUUAUCCUGAUCUUGCUCAAUACGCUUAUCAAACAGAACAGCAUUCAAAGAGUUCAGGGGGGCAUAAACCGAAAUCUGUUGCUUCAGAACCCGUCAUUGAGGCUGAAUUGAUAAAAUUGAGCGAAGAAGAUCUUAAAGAUUUGCUGCCUAAUUUGCACGUUUUGGACAAAGUACCUCACGAUCUUUUGAAAUAUUUGCAAAUAGGGGAUUUAGACAAAAUUAAAGACGCGAUUCAACAUAUUAUUGCCCCUCAAGAAGGACAUGGACAAGUAUCAUCCAGCAAUUACCAGUCUGCUGGUUCUUAUUCCCAAUCUGAUGGCUACAGUGAAGAAGAUAAGUAUGGUGGUGUUUCAGCGCACUCUCCAAAAGGUACAGAAACAUACAAAUUGAAAUCAGGGGGAUAUCAAAUUUCAGAAGAAGUAGGAAACCAAGUAGAACAUAAUGCAGCUGGGUAUGAAAUAGAAAAUUCUAAAAGCAGCGGUGGAUACUACGAACAAUCUGAUUAUCAAAAUGGUGAUGGUCGAUCGGCUGUGUAUGAACAGCAAGGCGGUUAUGACGACAACGCUUACCAACACCAAUCAUCAAGCUAUCAAACAUCAAGUCAAGAAUAUUCCAAGGAUGGUGGAAACCAAGAAGGGCAAAAAUUUAUCCAGGUAGUGUCACCCCCUGAUAAAAACGGUUACAGAAGAGAACCAGUUUUAGCAGUCGAGAUUCAGCAUGGACAAACUAUUGAAGAAGCAAUUAAGUCUUUGGAUCACGAAACAUUGAAAAAGUUAGGAGCCCAUGGUAAAAAUGGUUUAGAGAUCGAAGUCGUAGAAGUUCCGGUAGACGAAUAUGCUCAAGAGUCGAAAAAAAGAGAAACUGUAGUGUCUAGUAAAAACAGUACACUGAUAUUUAAAAAGAAAGUUCUAGAUAAAAAGUCUUAGCUUCAAAAAGUGGAAGCAAUUGGGAUAUGAAAGUAUUUAAUUACUCUGUGUUUCUGAUGUGACUAAAAAACAAUAGAUCAAAUAGAUUGUUUAAUGUAAAUGGUAAUUUGUUUGCCAAGCAAUGAACUCUCAUGACCGUAUCGAAAUGAAAAUUGAGUUAUGAAAUAACUUUUUAAAGAACAAUGAUUUUUUACUCAUUUUCAUUUAAAACGUACAUAAAAAGUAAGACAUUAAUAUACGUGUUUCAUGUUGAAAUUGUUUACUGUACUGUUUUUAAGCACUUAUAAAAGGAACUAUCGACUUCUAAGAAACCAAAUAACUCUUAUACUUCCUGAAUUGUUUUAAAUCAACUCUUAAGAACAGUACAGUCAGGUGUUUGAAGAAUAAGAAAUCACGUUUAUUUAAGGAUAGUUCGGGAUAGAUUUUUUUUAAAAAAAGAAGCAUUGUUUAGAGAUUUACUACCGGAAAAUUACGACUAAUGUAAACGUAACGUCUGAAAAAAAAUUACUUAAGUAUUUUAAAAAGUAAAAAGGGGUAAUAUUAUAUGAAAAAAAAAUAAUAAACUAGGCGUUUCCAAACUGCAAAUCUAGGGUUAAACCUAGAUGAAACCAAAAUAGACAAUUUGUUUUAAUCACAUUUUAGUAUUUAGGAAUUUAAAAAACAUAGAAAGCAAAAUUUAAAAACAAAUAUGUUCCCCAGUGACGGUAUUUCAGUAAGUACUCGUAAACUAUGCACGGAAUUGUUUAUGUAUACUAUAUAUAUUUUAAACUAAAUUUAAAAAUAUUGAAAAAUUAGAUCAUAAAUGCUUUUCCCUUUCAAAAAAGUGUGUCUUUUCUUCAUUUUGUCAUUUUAGGCCAUCUUUAUUAUCAGCAUUCAAGGGACUGACUAGAUGUCGACUAAACUAAUUUUACGAAAUUUUAAGAUUUCAUAUCAAUUGAAAAAGAAAAAUAGCUUAUUAUUCACUUGAAUUUUUUAUUAUUUUAUGCGUGGAGAACGGUUUUAAGCGUGGUUAUUUCAUGAUAGUCAAUCGAAUUAUUUUUCUUUGCCCUUCAGUUUAUUAUUUGGCUUGGGCAGUUUUAUUUUUUUUUUUAAAAAAAACAUUGGUGCUCUUGUUAAGACUCCUUUUUCUGCAAGUAUUCUGACAACUGUGAUUUUUCCCUCCUUCAAAUUAUGAUUAUUAAAAUCGAUAAAACCGAAUUCAUUUAUCGAUAUUUUUCGAAAAUAUUAAUAAAAAAAAAACAAUUGAAAAUGUGUACUCACUUUAUGAGAAAUAACAGCAAGUAACAGCUAUAAUAAGCAAAAGAAAAUUUGACUAAAAUUAUUUUUAACUGUCAAGAAGAACCGAGCCAAGAUAAAUGCGCAUUACGACUAAACAAAUCCCUUCUUCGAAUGCUCUAUGCAGUCUUUGAAAAAUAGCAUGAUCCUUGUAUUUUAUGUUUAUUUCACUAUGUAAUGACUUGAUGAUUGUGAUAUUUAUUAAUUUCCAUUUAAAUAUUUUUGUUUCAGAUUUUUUUUUAUCUUUUAAAAAAUCAAAUGCCAUCAGUUCAUUUAAUUAAAUGCUUUUAUCACAUAACCGUAUGUUUUUUUUUUACAAUUCAUUAUUAAACGUUAAACAUUAUUUAAUUAAUUUUCUUAAACGUUUAUUUGAAAUUUAACUACUAUAGGACUAUUAUUGUUGACCUAUUUUUUUCCUAAAUUUUAGUAUUAUUUGAGCUUUUUAGCAAAUUCUUUUUCAUUUGUUCUAAAAUAGAAUUUUUGUAUGAAAAAAAGAUGAAAUAAAUAAACUAUUUUGUAUUUUUUUUAGAAACAAUAUUUGUCUUAUCCUGGCUAAAAUGUUAUUCAGGUGAAAUAAUAUCACUUUGAUUGUAAAUAAUUUUGUAAAUAUUUGUAUAAUAAAAAAUACUUUUUGUUUA